CGCCAUGUUGAAUUGUUUAAUGUUAUUGCAUUUUCGCUUUUCGCUCCUUAUUUCUUCCAAUUUCCAUUUCUGCCAGUGGAUUAUUUUUGCAUAAACUCAUCCGUGGGCACGUUGAAGGACUUAAAAAUUGUAAUAGAACAGACAAACUGGCAUAGAAAAUGAACGGUGAGGAGGAUGUGGACGUUCCGACAAAGUCGGGCAAGAAGAGCAAUGUCUUGCCUCUGUGGGGCAAUGAACGCACCAUGAACCUGAACAACCUGAUCCUCACCAACAUACAAGCCUCUCACUAUUUUAAAGUCAACCUGUAUGAGUUGAAGACUUAUCAUGAAGUGGUUGAUGAAAUAUAUUACAAAGUCAGCCACUUGGAGCCUUGGGAAAAAGGCAGCAGGAAAACGGCAGGCCAGACUGGAAUGUGUGGAGGGGUUCGUGGAGUUGGUGCUGGUGGUAUCGUGUCCACGGCCUACUGUCUCUUGUACAAACUGUUCACCCUGAAGCUGACUCGAAAGCAGCUUAAUGGUCUGCUCACUCACCCUGACUCGCCUUACAUCAGAGGCCUAGGAUUUAUGUACAUCAGAUAUACUCAGCCACCUGCAGACUUGUGGGAUUGGUACGAUGAAUUCUUGGAAGACGAAGAGGAGUUUGAUGUUAAAGCUGGUGGAGGUCAGGUGAUGACCAUUGGCAACAUGUUGCGGCACUUCCUGAGCAAACUCGAGUGGUUCUCUUCAUUGUUCCCGCGCAUUCCAGUCCCAAUUCAGCAAAAACUCGAGCGUCAGCUAAAUGAAAGAUUUCCAGCUCCACCUCCUGGAGCGGCCCCUGCUGCUGCUGCAGUAGCGCCGAGACCUGAAAGGCGGAGAGAUUAUGAGGAAUAUCCAGAGGAGAGACCUGAAAGACCUUUUGCCCGGUCCAGGAGAUCUACCAGUCGAGACUCGCCUGCUCACAAAAGAAGCCGAGAUGACAGACCAAGAAAGGAGAGACGCAGUCCUGAUCGUACCAGAGAUCGGCACAGAGAUAGGAGCAGAGAAAGAGACAGAAGUCGUGAGAGGGAUGGAAAUAGGAGUCGAGACAAAGACAGAAACGGACAUUCGAAGCAUCAUAGAUCAUCCAGAGAUGAAUACAGUAGCUCCAAGCACAGAUCACACAGUAGCAAAGACUACGCUUCCGAGCUGAUGAAAGAAAAAGAGCGACAGAAACGUGAGAGAGAUAGCAGCAGGUGAGAUCCUCACCUUCCAACCGAUAGCUCACACUCGCCUAGGAAACUUGUUCAUAACCAAACACAUCUUUGUCAUGGACGGUGUCUAUUUAAUAUUUAAAUGUUUUGUGAGGACAAAAAGAGUUCAAUGAUUCUUAAUAAAAGACCAAUUUAUAAAAUAA